AUGGCCAGCUUUUGUGGUCUUCGAAAGAUCCCUUUUGUGCUAUAUCGCAGUGGCACUUCGAGAGGCCUUUUCCUUUUGGAGAGCGAUGUGCCGCCACGUGGCAGACUGCGGGAUGAGGUGGCCAUUGUGGGUCCGCACUCGGAGCCCAACUCUGUGGCGUGCUGCUUUGCUCAGUGUGGCAUAGCGUCUGCUGAAGUUGAUCACUCCCACGGGGAUUGUGGCAACAUGCUUGCAGCAGUGGCACCUUUUGCCCUUGAAAGGGGCAUAUUGAACCUGGAACCAUCGGCAUGUCAGUGCGCAGCGCGGAAGGUCAAAAUCCAUAGUAUUAACACCGGGGCUGUUUACGAAGCACAGGUGUCCAUAACAGGUGACCGCGGUCAGACUUUUGUUCAGUACACCGGGGAUUGUGAGGUUCCUGGAAUUCCAGGACCGGCCGCUCCAUUGCGACUUGCUUCCUUGGAUGUUGCAGGCUCGCAGACUGGGAGGCUUCUUCCCUCCGGGAAUGCCCAAGAUUUCUUUGUGGUUGGGAAACGCUUGGGCUCGGUUACGGCCACCCUCAUUGACUUCGCACGGGCCUUAGUUGUGGUGCCUGCCGAGGAGGUACUGCCAAAGUUCGGGUACAGACAACUGGAUGAGCUGACCAUAGCACGAGUCGAACAUGAUGUGGAGUUAUGCUCAGAUCUUGAAGACCUCCGUUUGCAUGCUGGCCUUUUGAUGGGAAUGGGCGACUGUUCUGGUCAUGAUGCACCAAAGUUGGCUAUUGUAGGUUCAUCCGAAUCUCCAGGAGUGGGUCUAGGAGAGUCAACGCAGUCUGGGAUGUCUUGCCGCUAUUUUGUAAACCCUGGAAGAUGCGAGAUGCACCCAACAGUUGCGAUGACAGCAGCACAGGCACUGGGGGCAGCCUGCCUAGUUGAAGGCAGUGUUGCAAAUAGGGCACUUGGUCGCCGUCCGGCAGCAGAUGACGGCUCUGAUGUCUUCACUUUUGCCAUUCAACAUCCAAAGGGUACGUUCCCUGUAAGCAUUGGCGUGCAGCCAGCAUCAGUAGAUGAGCUUGCCCGUUUUCCGUCAGGGGUACCACAUGCCGGCAGGUACACCACGACCGUAAUGCCGAUAGCGGAGGGGAGUGCAUUUAUCGACCGACCCUUCCUUUGA